AUGCUCGCACUUGCCCUCAUCACCCUCCUCUUCUCCUCUUUCCCCGUCAACCUCCGCCUCUCUCCACCCGCCGCCGCCGCCCUCCUCCUUCUCUUCAUUUUCCUCCUCAACCGCCGCCGCCGCCGGCCCGUCUUCCUCCUCAACUACUCCUGCUACAAGCCGCCGCCCCAACGCAGGUGCUCCUUCCAGGCAGCUGAGUCCUUCCUCCGCCGCCAGUCUGGCUUCCCACCAGCCGCCGUCGAGUUCAUGCGCGGCAUCUACCUCAAGUCCGGCCUCGGCGAGCGGACCUACGCGCCGCCCUUCAUCUUCGAGGACGGCGGUACCCCCACCCUCAAACACGCCUCCCGGGAGGCCGAGGAGGGGAUCUCCGCCACCGUGGACGGCCUCCUCGCAAAAACCCGAAUGGACCCUCUCGAAAUCGACGCCGUGGUGGUGGCCUGCGGCAGCUUCUCCCCAUCCCCAUCCCUCUCCUCCCUCAUCGUCAACCGCUACAAUCUCAGAUCCGACGUCAAAACCUACGACCUGAGCGGCAUGGGCUGCAGCUCCGGCGCCAUAGCCGUGGACACGGCAGCUAGGGUUGUGCGCGGCGGCCGCAAGGCCCGAGUCGCCCUGGUGGUGGUGACGGAGAGCAUCACCCUGAACUGGUACGGGGGUGAGAGCCGGGCGAUGCUGGUGAGCAACUGCAUCUUCCGGGUGGGGUGCGCGGCUGCCAUCGUGAGCAGCCACGGGGAGCACCGAGCGGUCGCCAAGAUGGAGCUGGUGGACUCGGUCCGCACGCACCACGGGUGGGACGACAGCGCCUACAGGGCCGCCUACCAGGAGGAGGACUCCGAAGGCAGAACCGGAAUUUCCCUGACCAAGGACUUAAUUCGUGUGGCUGGGGUCCAUCUGAGGCAGCACAUACGGGUACUGGCGCCCAGAGUGCUGCCUCUGAGUGUGCUGGCGCAGUACGUAUACUCAAAGAAAGGUGCAGGUGUAGGUGCAGUGCCGGACUUCAGCAGGGCCUUUGAGCACAUGUGCAUCCACACGGGGGGUAAGGCGGUGAUCGAGAACGUGGGUCGCGUCCUGGGGCUCAGUGACGAGGUCACGGAGCCAGCACGGAUGAGCCUCAACCGCUUUGGGAACACGUCCAGCAGCCUUGUGUUUUACGAGCUCGCCUAUUUCGAGGCUAAGAAGAGGGCUAAAAAGGGGGAUAGGAUGUGGAUGCUGGCGUUCGGUACGGGCUUUAAAGUUGGGAGCCUCGUUUGGAAAUGGCUCACUGAUUCCACUCUCGAAUCGGACAACCCGUGGAUGGACUGCGUUGAUGAUUACCCACUCAAGGCUUGGUGA